UGAUACUGGCUCUUAUUUGUGAAACCAUCGGCAUGCGACAAAAUGUAUCUUCUGAGAGAUUUACUGUUCUGUUUCGGAUUAAGUUAUUUGUAACUCGUUCUGUCAUAAAUGUGCUUUUGGGUAAAUACGGCGUGUGCACUAACCGCAGCUCUUUAUCGAUUUGAAACGCUGCGGAAAUAACUUCUUUAUCUCACUUUGGGGAGUCUUCUCACAGAGCGAGGCUGCCUGGAUCAUUUUUUCCUCGUUUGUUCUCAUGCGUGUCGUUGAAAUGAUCUCAAGUGGAUUGUAUCGCGUUGGAUAGACAUUCUGGUUAGUGCAGAUGGGUGGAUGAUCCCAUUACACUUCAAACAUUCGCUGAGUCAGUUCUGCUUAUGGGCCAGUCAGACGGUAUCCCUCAGCCCCUCGCCAAGCACCCCUUCCCUGCAGCUUGGGUGGGUCUAGGACCGUGCUCAGGAACAGGCAGUAUAUCGCAGGCAGGCAGCCCAGCAUUUGGAUUCAGGGAGAGCCUCCUCUCUGAUAUCUAAAGUCUGAUGCCCGGCUGCCGCCAUGUUCACCAAGAAGAAGAAGCCUCGCGUCCAGAUUUCGGCGCCUUCCAACUUCGAGCACCGCGUGCACACAGACUUUGACGAGCAGGAACAGAAGUUUGUGGGGCUGCCGCGGCAAUGGCAGUCUCUGAUCGAGGACACGGCCAAGAGGCCCAAGCCCUUCAUCGACGUCACCGUCAUCACCACGGUGGAGCCCCGCAAGACCAUAGUGCGGGGUAGUAAGAUCGCUGUGGACGGCUCGCUGACAUGGCUGCUGGAUGAGUUUGACACCAUGUCGGUGACCCGCUCCAACUCCCUGAGGCGAGGCAGCCCCCCUAUCCAGCCCCGCAGAGACUCCGGAUCCUCGGGGGGAGGAGGCCAUGAGAACGGGAACCUGACCCACCGGCCACACCACCACCCAGAUCACUAUGGAGACAGAGAUAGGGAGCGGCCCAGGCCGGACCAGUUAGCUGGUGGAGACCCCCGGCAGCCCCAACGGGAACCCCGCUCUCAGCGAGAGGACGGCCGGCCACAGCAGCAGCCCCGGGGCCAGGAGCCAGGCAGCAGGCACCGAGAGAGGGAGCGGCCCUGCCCACCUCCUCCCCCGCCAAAGCCCAGAGACAUGGACCCACGGGACCAGGUAGUCCGCAGGGACGGGCCCAGCGACAAGAGGCCCAAGUCCAGCUACACAGGCAGGGACGGCAGCCCCCAAUCGCCCCGGGAUAAGAGGCCUCUCUCGGGGCCCAACAUCCGUAUGCCUAACCUCCCUGUCACAGAGGGGGUGAUAAAAACAGCACAGCAGAGCAGCAGGCCAUUCAACACCUACCCCCGCACUGACAGUGAAGGAGGAAGGAGCCCCACCAGCCAGGAGCUGAAGCCAGCCCGACCACACGAAACACCGUGCCACAACGGUCCCUCUAGUGGCCGCAGCGGGGGCAAAGCCCCACAGCAGGGCCAGCUACGAGGGGACCCCCACCACACCUCCCACCCUGUCCUGGGCCCUGAGCCCCCCCACGGCUACCAGCAGUUGAAGGCUCCUGUUCCCCGCCCCCCUGCCCCUACCCUACCACCACAGCAGGCCCUCUCGCCCCAGAGGGAGCCCCAGCGGGUGUCCCAUGAGCAGUUCCGCGCCGCACUGCAGAUGGUGGUGGACCCGGGUGACCCGCGCACCUACCUGGAUCACUACAUCAAGAUCGGAGAGGGCUCCACCGGCAUUGUGUGCAUUGCCACCGUCAAGAGCACUGGCAAACUGGUGGCUGUCAAGAAGAUGGACCUGCGCAAGCAGCAGCGCCGGGAGCUGCUAUUCAAUGAGGUGGUGAUAAUGCGGGACUAUCACCAUGACAACGUGGUGGAGAUGUACAACAGCUACCUGGUGGGAGAUGAACUCUGGGUCGUCAUGGAAUUCCUGGAGGGAGGGGCUUUGACUGACAUCGUCACACACACCAGGAUGAAUGAGGAGCAGAUAGCCACAGUGUGCCUGUCUGUGCUGAAGGCUCUGUCAGUGCUGCACACCCAGGGCGUCAUCCACAGGGACAUCAAGAGUGACUCCAUCCUUCUCACCCACGAUGGCAGAGUGAAACUGUCAGACUUUGGCUUCUGCGCCCAGGUGUCUAAAGAGGUCCAGCGGCGCAAGUCCCUGGUAGGCACACCCUACUGGAUGGCCCCAGAGCUCAUCUCACGACUACCCUAUGGGCCUGAGGUGGACAUCUGGUCCUUGGGGGUGAUGGUGAUCGAGAUGGUGGACGGAGAACCCCCCUAUUUCAAUGAGCCCCCCCUCAAAGCUAUGAAGAUGAUCCGUGACAACCUACCACCCAAACUCAAGAACUUACACAAGGUUUCUCCUCUCCUCAAGGGCUUCCUGGACAAAUUGCUGGUGCGAGACCCUACCCAGAGGGCCUCAGCCAAUGAGCUGCUCAAGCACCCCUUCCUGAGCAAGGCUGGCCCUCCCUCCUGCAUCGUGCCUCUCAUGAGGCAGAACCGCAUGAGAUGAGAGUGAGCAGAGGCCUCUUCCCCACUAAGUGGUAGUAGUCACAUGGACCCUGAACCCCAAGCUCACACCUCGGACUCGCAGCGGAGAAGCACUGCCCAGUUCGUAUUAGUGUUUUUAUUGGUCAAGCAUUGUCUUAACGCACCUUUCGAAAUGAAAAGGAACUCUCUCUGUCCCUUUUUUCCUGUGGGGGAAAAACAUUUGGACACUACAAGGAUUUAUAGCUUGAGCGGUUUGGUGCAGAAUGAGGCUUGGAAAGUGUUGUGGGAUCAUUAGACCCUAAGCUACCUGCUGGGGAGACUCACAAAAAGCACUGUUAGCAUCCUAGCUGAAUGGUCUGAAAAGCAUGCUUCCACACUACAGGACUUCCUCACUACAUGGCCCAGUCUCAACUCUAUUGCAAUAGACAGGACAUCAUAAACUACUACUGAAGGAGGACCAUGCUUUUCUCUUACCACAUGAUGCGUACAAGUCUGAAAAUAAACACUUAAUCCCUGUUACAAACACUAAGAAAAGGUAAACACUGGAGUUGUGUUUUUUUAGAUAUUUUUUCUUUAUAUUUCUUGUGUAAGUAUGAUGAACAUAGAGAUAUAUCUGCUUUGUUUUCUCUAUUUUGUGAUUUUUGUUUAGGUUAUAGUGAGAUGAUUUAAAGCACUCUUCUCCGAUAGAAGCUGCACUCCUGGUUGAUUCCAAUAUAUCGUCUAGUUCUUUAAAUCAUUUUUUAUUACAAGAUGAAUGGUUUAGUUUUUUAAUUGACCUGUGUUUAAUAGAAUAUCAUGGUGAAGUGAGCAUCAAGGCAGUUUUGGCUGUUAUUUUUACUUUAGGGAUUUAGCUGUGUAGAUUGUGCUCUCUGUAACCCCUCGAUCCGCUGCUGUAGGCCUCAACUGUUAGUCUAUAGUAGUGACUACUAGGUCAAUGUAAGGACAACCCUUAUGAAAGCACCCUUUCCACCAUACGUGUGUGUGUGUGUGUGUGUGUGUGUGUGUGUGUGUAUACAGGAAUUCUCCAGAUUGGUUAAAUAUGUGUAUUUUUUUCCCUAAUGAUGCAUUUCUUUAUUGCCUGACCUGGCUGACCUGGCUGACCUGGACAAUGGGUCUGGACUAUAUGAAUGUAGUGCUGAGCCACAAAAAGCUCUGCAUUUAAAGAUGGAAUCUGCAGUAGGUUGAAACGGCGCCACUGACCCCCCCCCCCCACCACUGUUGUCAUUUGUUUUUGUUGCUGAGCUAAGGAGUGUCGCUCAGCAUAAAAAAUAUAUAUAUAGUAUACAAAAAAAAUUGCAGUACAUAUUGUGCUCCCACGUGAACUUAGUUACUUUGUUGAAGUUAAUAUCACAAACGGACGUGGCUGUUUCACCAUUAAGGAUUCCAGAUUUAAGGGCUUAUUAGAACAAGAAACGGACACACAAGGUGAAAAUCCGUGUUUAGCUUAAUGAAGUGUGCGACAGCUGCUAGAACUGAACUAUUGUGUCCACAAUGUAGCAAGGACAGGAACUGUAUGGCAGAAAACACAGACGCAAACAAAAGUAGUAAAAACUCACCGCAAUUACCCACACACACUUCAUGCAGGGCCUAACAAAAGUCUGCGGUGCUGAGAACGUGGGUGGAAUCACAAAUUCAGACCUUAAAACGGAAUUCAACAAUAUUCAAAAAUAGGAAAUCAACUAAAUGUAUUAGAAAAUGUAUUUUGCCAAGAUUAUCAUAAGACAUUAACAAAUUGCUUUAGUGAUUUGUAACUCCUGGAAAGCAAAGGCAUGGGAAUUCCCCUGUCUGUGUGCACGGUUGUCUGCCACUUUGUGUAGCCGUUAGCAAUGAUGCUAAUGAUAACCGUCUUCUGGUAAAUACUUUCAAAAAAAUUGUUGUUUAGCAAACUCUGCAUUCACAUGUGCGCCACAGAAGCACAGAUAACCAAACAAGUCUCUUGGCUGGUGCAUGCUUGAAUUAAAGGGUAUCUACACCCAAAAAUAGAAAUGUCUUAGAUUUUCCCCAGACCUCAAAAGUGCUCACCUGGUGUGGUUUAAGAAUUGUUGUGGACUUAGAACAGUAAAUGUUGUUUUUCUAUUUAAAAAGUGUGAUCCGGGAAAAACAAAACAGAUAUUAUAUUAUUAUUCAUCGUUACUCCCCUUUUUUUUUCUCUCUCUCUCUGAGCUUCCCCCUCCAAUUCUAGAGUAGCAAGACCAAGUCGCACAUGUACCAUAGAGAGCAUCCAAAGACCACGAGGCCUUAGUGCACAGCGAAGAGUAGCCAAUGUGUCUGUUCUGCGUUUCAGUGGGGAAAUCAGAACAGACUCUCCAUAAGUAGACACUAACACUACAUUGUGAAGUAUUGUAUUUAGAUACAGAAUUGAAGUGUCAUAGCAGAGGUUAGUGUACUGUUUUAACAUUCUGUCUCAAAUGUACUUUCUUGUAGCAAAUUGGAGUAUUUAAUGUAGAUUUAACUAAUUGUUUUACAAUAUUUUAUUCAUCGUUCACUUAAUCCAUUUCAGUACUUUUUUACUGAUGCUCAAAAUGUAGUCUGGUUGAAUUGAAAUGUGAGACAAUAUUCCAUUUUUCCAAAAGACAAGUGGAGUCUGUUAAAAGUGACACGGUGGUUGGCAUGCCUGAAUAAGAUGUGAUCUGUCUGUUCCCUGUGCAAAAAAGAAUGUUCUUCCUGUUUAGUUUAGCAAAACUGAGUGAAAAGAUGGGCUGAAAGAAUGACAAUCAAAGUUAGUAGGAGUAAUUAACUGUCUGCUUUUGCAACAAUAUUCUAAACUGAUCACUUUUCAUUGCUCACAAAGUUUUGUAACUCUAAUUGUGUAGCAUUUUGACAACACAAACUAAUUUUCUAAACAAAUCCUAUUUUGAUACUCAUUAAAUCCAUCUUUACAUGUAUAUAUCUAAAUCACUAAACUAAUAAGUACCAUGAAGUGAUGGCACACACUUGGUAUUUUGUGUUUUUUAUUAAAUACUGUAUAACGAUGAAUGCUAAAAAAAUCUUGGCUUAUCGUUCCUCAAACUACAGAAUUGAAGCAUCUCAUUAACCCCCACAUGUUACAUAGGAGUUCAAUUGCCAUUGGUUUCACUCACUUCUACCACAGUUUUCAGUGGCUGGUAUGAAACCAAUCACGUCCAUUUCUCAGUUGGGAUUUGACAUUCCUGUAGCUUCUACUUAAAUGAAUGGCUGUCAAGGUUAGAACGGCUUAACAUAGUUUUAUCGGGUUGUGUGUGUUAAUGCCUUAACGUUCAGAAGAGUAACAUGAUUUAAUAUGAUUCCCUUUCUUUACAAUUACUGUUAAUUGCAAAUGUACAUUAUGAUAUUCCUCAUCUCCAGGAGUCUAGUGCCUCAGCGUAAACGUAGCGUUGUUCUCGCUGGUUUGUGUUUGUUGAGGUGCUCAAAUCUAAUUAGGAGCUGUGAUGACUACUGACUGGCCUACUUGGUAAUAUAUUUAUGGGUGAAUUUCUCCAACUGGUCUGUAUGAUCAUUUUUCACACUUGUACACUAAAUCAUUCAUGCAUCAGUAUUGUCAAGUUUGUCAUAGUUGACCAUUUUUCUGAAGAGUCCAAACCCCCUGGUUUUUGAAUUUCCACUGGUUAUUAAAAAAAUAAACGUUGCAGAUUUUCAAUA